AAUGCUGCCUGGGCUGGAUCAGCUCAGUCCCGUGCAGAGCUUUAUCCAGCAGGCAGGGUAGGAGGGCUCUGCUUUCCCUCCCGCUGCCUCCUCCUUCUCUGCAGGGGGGAAGCUCCUACCUCUGCAUGCUGUGUUUUCAUGAAUGCCUUGAACCAGCUAUGAGAAAACAGCUUUAUAACCUGUGCAGAUGAGCUGGAGUCUUAGAAAGAUUCACCUGUCCGGUAGCUGAAUUUACAAAGCCUGAAAGUCCAGGUGCUUUUGAGUGAGUGGAGGACAGUACAGGGAUGGGACUGUGACUACAGUGAGAACGUGCUCUGGGGCUACGGCUCACCCACGCUCUGCUCCACUCACCCUUUUGUGGGGGACCAUGGAGAACAUGCGCUGAGACUGAGUGCUAGGCAGAAGCAGCACUGCACUGGUGAAGAUGGAGAAUGGCACAGGGGACCAACAGAACCAAACGGGGCUGCCACUAUCAAGCCAGGAGAUUGUUACAGUUGAAUACCAAGUGGUUACCAUCCUCUUGGUCCUUCUCAUCUGUGGACUGGGCAUCGUGGGCAACAUCAUGGUGGUGUUAGUGGUCCUCAGAACCAAACACAUGAGAACUCCCACUAACUGCUAUCUGGUGAGUCUGGCUGUGGCAGAUCUCAUGGUGCUUGUGGCUGCAGGACUACCCAAUAUCACAGAAAGCCUGUAUAGAUCCUGGGUGUAUGGCUACGUUGGGUGUCUCUGCAUCACUUAUCUCCAGUACCUAGGAAUCAAUGCUUCUUCUUUUUCCAUCACUGCCUUCACCAUUGAGAGAUACAUAGCCAUCUGUCACCCAAUCAAAGCUCAAUUCCUAUGCACUUUUUCAAGAGCCAAAAAGAUCAUUAUUUUUGUCUGGGCUUUCACCUCCAUAUACUGUAUGCUCUGGUUUUUCUUGCUAGACCUUAAUACAGUAGUCUACAAAGACACUACUGUUGUGUCCUGUGGCUACAAGGUGUCCAGGAGCUAUUACUCUCCGAUCUACAUGAUGGACUUUGGUAUAUUUUAUGUUGUGCCAAUGGUCUUGGCAACUGUCCUCUAUGGCCUGAUUGCUAGAAUUCUGUUCCUGAACCCCAUCGCUUCGGACCCAAAAGAAAACUCUAAGACAUCAAGGAAUGACGUGGCUCACCAAAGCAAGCCUGUGAAUUCCAAGAUGACUAACAGGAGUUUCAAUAGCACUAUUGCUUCUCGAAGGCAGGUUACCAAGAUGUUGGCUGUGGUGGUAGUCCUAUUUGCUUUUCUGUGGAUGCCUUACCGCACACUGGUGGUGGUCAAUUCCUUUCUCUCCACCCCCUUCCAAGAAAACUGGUUCCUACUGUUUUGCAGAAUCUGUAUUUAUUUAAAUAGUGCCAUCAAUCCUGUCAUUUACAAUCUCAUGUCCCAGAAAUUCAGAGCAGCCUUCAGGAAACUCUGCAACUGCCAGCAGAAAGAAGACAAGAAACCAGUCAGCUAUAGCUUGGCCCUAAAUUACAAUGUCAUCAAAGAGUCUGAUCACUUCAGCACUGAACUAGAAGACAUUACCGCCACCAAUACCUGCCUGUCCUCUGCAAAAUUGUCCCUUGGUGAUACGUGUUUGUCAUCUGAGGCCUGAAGCCCACCUUGUUCUGAGUAUGCAGUCAUAUAAGUCCUUUGGAUGCUCUGUUCCCACCAAACUGCAUGAAAUGUAAAGGCUUUUCUACCCAGAGAACUGCAAGAAUUACGCUAUAUCUCUACACACUUGUCUGUGUCCCACAACAUAAAGCAACCUCUCGGAGUGUGAAAAGAAUAUACUGCUGAGCGUAACUGUAUAAAGCACUUAAUACAACUUUAAGCAGGCGGUUUGGCUUCAGUGGAAUGCCCAAAUCCCUCAGCUCACAUAUUGGCCAAAGAGCGGUGCGCAUGCUCCGAAAGAGCAAGGCUGCCCAGGACAUCUCCACAGAUGCAGACCGGGGUAGUGGAUAAUGAUUCCAGGAGUGGAGAGAGGAGAGAGGAGAGAGGAGAGAGGAGAGAGGAGAGAGGAGAGAGGAGAGAGGAGAGAGGAGAGGAGAGGAGAGGAGAGGAGAGGAGAGGAGAGGAGAGGAGAGGAGAGGAGAGGAGAGGAGAGGAGAGGAGAGGAGAGGAGAGGAGAGGAGAGGAGAGGAGAGGAGAGGAGAGGAGAGGAGAGAGGAGAAAAGGAAUCCCACCUCACUAGGCAGUUCCAGCCUGUCCGACUGCAGCCAGAACUACUGCCAAUUACAGUAAUUAUCAGCCAUUGACUCCUUCAUUCCGCAGCAGUGCAAACCUAACUGCAGGCAUCAUAACACGCUUUAACAAGCAGAUAUCUGAUGGCAAAGAGUACAAAAUCUUUUUUUUUUUUUUUAACCUUGAACAGCAUGAAAUAGGAGGACCAUUCAAUGAAUUCACAGCAGGGAAUAAACAUAUUAAAUAGUCAGUAGGAAGCUUUAAAAAAAUCUUAUUUUUCUCAGCAAGCUAGUCUAUAGAUGUACCAGUUUAAAUGUAAGUCUCAGCUAAUUCUGAAUCCUGUCUGCACUUGACAGGUAUUGAAGAGUGUUGGACAGGCUUUUACUAGUUUAUUUUAUCUUGGUUCAAUAGUAAUUAUGUCUCAGACUGUUAAAGGAUUUUGUAAAUUCAAUAUAGAUAAUUUCUAGGGAAAAGAGGAAAAUUUAGUGAAAAAUGUCACUCAUUUUCAUUUUUUGUCUCAAAGGUUAUCCAUUAGAAUACUUCAGGAUAUAAAAAAGUGUUUUGAAAGACUGAUUUGCUGUAUACUUGGCUGAAAAAAGAAAAUAUUGUCAAAACAUUGCUACCUUUCCUUAAAUUUUCUAGUUCAUUGUAGUGUUUCCUUUGCGUGAUGACCUUUAGCACUGGUUUUGAUAAUCUGGAGCAAGAGGCAAAAAAAUUAUGUUAUAAAAGAUGUGUUUAUAUGCUGUACCACCCUGCUCGCUCUGGUUGCAGCUGAGGUUACGCAUCUCCACGGCUCAUCUCUAUUACCUGUGAGAGGUCACCACGACUUCCCAUUUGCCAACGUAGCUGCUUGCAUGGUCUUCCCACACAAGCCAGGGACAAGCAGCCUGAGGCCACAAUCCCCCUGAUCCCCAGCUGUAAUCUGAAAUCAGCACAUUAUCACUAUGGCUUUGCUCUAGAGCAGUUCAUGUUCUUGCUAGAUUUCCAUUAUCCCAUUUCUGUGCAGCUGUAACAGAAACUCGGGAAAAUGCCAGCAUGUUCUUUUUUGUUAUUAAUCUUUUGCACAGUUUUGCACAUACAUGAAAUUCAAAAAGCUGUAAAGAACCUAAUUGUUCUAGUAAAAAUCCUAUCCAGCGUGGGAUGAAAGAAGUAGACUCACUACCCUGUAAGGUUUUUCUAUCCAGUUUUUUCCAGAGCUGCUUGCCCAGUUCAAAUGACUUUCACUUAUUAAUACAUUCAGCCAUACCUGCAAACUUAAAGAGAACUAAAAAUACCCUGAUAGCUCUUAGAUUUAAAUUUUAAUGCCAACCCAUGUCUGCUGCAUCCAAUUUGUGUUGUCUGGAUGGUGAGGAGGAAGGGAACAGGCUGUAUCCUGCUCAGUCUUCAUCCUUGCUUUAAUGUCUGGUUUAAACUUGCAGAGCUCCACUGCAACUCUCCAGCUCGGCAGAGUGAUGACAGAGCAUGGAAGGAACCAGCAGCAGGAGGGUUUUAACCAGCUGGACAGGCAUGACAAACUUACUCCAGAAAGCCCUUUCUAUCUUUUAUUUCCAUCAAUACUUGCCUUUUCAUUUUGGCAAGUAGAGAGAGAGAGACAAUGAGCUUAUCCUGUUUCUUGAGAGUUUUACCUCACAUUAUGGGUGUUAAAACCAGGCAGGACACCACACCAGAGGCAGGCUGUAGGCUGGAGCCUCUGCUCUGGAGCACGGGAGCUGGCAGAGCCUUGGCUGGAGCAGAGCUGGCAGCUGAACCUGUGUGGGCUGUGUUGCAAUGUUUUCUAAAUCCUCUGCACUCCAGCCCAUGCAACUGGAAGGGGGACGUUCAAACCCUUUGCUGCUUUUAAAAUAAUGAGGAAAAAAUAAGAUGAUGGAGUAAGUCACAUGGUAGCCAAGUAGGCAAAGCUGACCAAGGAUCAGUAAUCAAAAGAGAAGAAUACCAAUGCUAUUCUAGAGGGAAUACCUAGCAAUCCUAUCUCAUAAAUACAGUACUAUAGCAGUGACAUAAGCUUGGAACAAACCUUUUCUUUAUUGAGCUGGAUGUGAAAUUACGGAGUUCUGUGGCAUUUUAUGGUUCACAUUUGCUUAAAGCUACAGUUUGCCGCCAUAAGGGAAAGUCAGGGAGAGGCACUGCAACCUGUGUAAUGUUUCCUCCAAAGCAACUGUCUCAGUAAAACAAAAUCAUCUGAGAUAUCUUACCCUUAGCCAAGAGACAUACACAAAAUAACGCAAGUUCCUGUAUCUGGCUGAGCAAAGCCGCGUGUGCAGCCACCCAGCACCACUUGCAGCUCAUCGAAGCAGAUCCUGGGUCAGUGCUGGAGGGAGCAAGUGUGGAGGCGGCUGCCAGUGGAGCCAGCACAUGGAAAUCAUGUCCCUCUUCAAAUAGUGUUGUCAGUUAGGCAUCUAUCCAGUGCUCCCAGACCAGCCGCUACUGCCCAGACUUUCUAGAGAACUAGGUCACUUAUUAGAAUCAUAGAGUGUCCUGAGUUGGAAGGGAUCCACAAGAAUCAUCAAGUCCAACUCCUGUCCCUGCACAUGACAACCCCACAGUUCACACCGUGUGUCUGAGGGUGUUGUCCAAAUGCUUCUUGAACACUGUCAGGCCUGGGGCUGUGACACCUCCCUGGGGAGCCUGUUCCAGUGAUGCAACACCCUCUGGGUGAAGAACCUUUUCCUAAUGUCCAACCUAAACCUCCCCUGGCACAUCUUCCUGCCAUUCCCUUGGGUUCUGUCACUGGUUGCCAGAGAGAAGAGAUCACAGAAGAGAUCAGCACCUGCCCCUCCUCCUCCCCUUGUGAGGAAGCUGUAGCCAUGAUGAGGUCUCCUCUGUCUCCUCCAGGCUGAACAAACCCAGUGACUUUAGCCACUCCUCAUACAACUUCCCCUCUAAACCAACUUAAAAAGCAAACAGACCUCCAGGACAAGCAGCAGGCAGAGACAAUGCAUGCCACAGAAACCUGGUUAUGCCAUUGGGAGCACAGUAGAUCUGGCUGCACUAAGAACUGUGCUAAGUGUUCAUGUAAUAACAGUAACACAAACUUAUACUUUUUUCUUGACCCUUUUCAGAGUACAGACUAAACUACUACACUAAUAGGCUGACAAUAUUAAAAGUAAAUUCUCUCCUUUAUUUGGCUUUUUGCUCAAAAAGUAACUUUCUGCUUUCUCAACCUCUGUCUCCAUAGUUCCUUUUUUUCAGAUGCUCAGGUGAGAGAUCAUAGCUCAUAUUCUUAGUGAGGCUUCAUCAAGGGCUAAAAUCUAUGUAUGUGAUUUUGUAUGCACCAUCACUUGGAAUAACAAAUUAAAAUGAAUUAUUUCAUGCUGAUAUUUAUUCACGCGAAUAUAAAUUAUUAUGCAUGCAAAAUUGUGUGCACAAAUGCAAUAUCUAAGUUGCAGAUUUAAAGUGAAGUGUGAUUUUAACUCAUAAUGUGCUGUGACUAUGUCCUUAUAGAUGUCGUUUAUGAAAUUCAUGCUAAUUUUGUACUGAUUCCCAUAGCUAACACUAUGAAACUUUGCUAGAUAUCUUGCUAAUGUGAUUUUAUAUCUAUUUCUGUGUUGGCACUUCUGUUUAGGACAGGAACCAGUCUUUUUUUCUUGUAGAUAUGUUGUAGGCUAGAUAUGUGGCCACGUAUUUAUUUAAAAAUCUGUGUGAUUUUAAGUUUAUUGAUAAUAUAGCAAACAAUUUUCCUAGUGAAAGUGAAAGUGACUGGAUGUCAGCUACUAUACUUAUUUUGUGGAUGUCACAUUCCUUUGCAGCAUUUCAUUUGAAAGAAUUGUCUGAUUGGUAGCAACAUUGAAAUCCAUGUCUUAUCCUAAUCCAGCAGCUUUGAUGUAAGAGAUUGCAUUCAUAUUGCAUUUUUAUCUGGAACUUUACCCAGCACAUAACAGAAGAGAUGCUGUUGUAGCAUCUGACUUUUGGAGCUGCACUGCUUCCCGUGUGAAAUACUUUGAGGUCAGAGUUAAGGAUAUAACAAAGCAGCUCCAACAUAUUGUGAAGGAGCUUAUGAUGCUCCUGAGGAAAUGAAUGGCACAAGUCAAAUGAUGACUCUUCCACUAGCUUUCCUUCAAAAACAAUUAUCCAAUACCACUGACUGAAGGACUGAUCCUACUUCAGGAACAGCUGCCAUAGCUCCCUUAUUACACAGUGAACGCUCAGAUCAGUCAACUGGCCUUUGAAAGUAGACAAAUAUUUCUUGGUUGUUUUUUAAAAAGCUAUUCUAAAAAGAAAAAACAAACAAACAAACAAACAAACAAAAACAGAUCUGAGAAUUGUCAUAGUGGAAAAAAAACAUAC